CGAAAAGUAGUUCCUUCACCACGAUUGGUCCAUAAGAGGGGCACCCCCCAGCCGAGCCCACAAUCGAUGCUAUAUAGCCUCUCCUGAGGCUCAAAGAAAACAGUCGUGUUAUCACACUGUCAAAGGAUUCUACUCACCCACUGGAAAAAGCCCACAGUAACAUGAAGAAGCAGGGACCACUCCACGUUGCCACCCCCCUGAGAGAGAGCCUGGCCCUGACCAAGGUGGCGGGGACCUCCGUGUACAUCAAGCUGGACUCCUCCCAGCCCACCGGCUCCUUCAAGAUCAGGGGCAUCGGCCACCUGUGUAAAACAUGGUCUGAGCGAGGCUGUGAGCGCUUCGUCUGCUGUUCAGGGGGUAAUGCCGGCAUGGCCGCUGCCUACUCGGCCCGCCACCUGAGCAUCCCGGCGACCAUCGUGGUCCCCAGCGUGACCCCCCCGUCCACGGUACAGAGACUCAAAGACGAGGGCGCUGACGUCAUCAUCCACGGCAAGGCACUGAACGAAAGCAUCUCGUACGGAGAAGAGCUGGUGGCCAACAACCCUGGCUGGGUGUUCAUCUCCCCGUUUGACGACCCUCUCAUCUGGGAGGGACACACCUCGCUGGUCAGAGAGCUGAAGGAGGACCUGAAGGAGAAGCCCGGGGCGGUCGUGCUGUCGGUGGGGGGCGGCGGCCUCAUGAACGGCGUGGUGGAGGGCCUGCGUCGCGCCGGCUGGGCCGACGUGCCCGUGGUCGCCAUGGAAACGCACGGCGCGCACAGCCUCAACGCGGCCGUGAAGGCGGGCCGGCUGGUCACCCUGCCCGAGAUCACCAGCAUCGCCACCACGCUGGGCCUGGCCACGGUGUCGGCGCAGUCCCUGAAGCUGAGCGGCGAGCACCCCGUGUUCUCCGAGGUGGUCACGGACCAGGACGCCGUCAGGGCCGUGGAGCGCUUCCUCGAUGAUGAGAAGAUCCUGGUGGAGCCGGCCUGCGGUGCUGCCCUGGCGGCUGUGUACUGUGGGAUCAUCGAGAGGCUGCAAGGGGAGGGAAAGCUGAAGCAGGCUCUGGGCCCGGUGGUGGUGGUGGUGUGCGGGGGCAACAACAUCAGCAUGGAGCAACUGAGGGGCUUCAAGAAGAAGCUUGGCAUGCUCUAAGGCAGGGAUGGGCAACUUUCAUGAUAAAGAGGGCCACAAUUCUUCAUCAUCACCAUCAGAGGGCCAUGUGACUGUGCGCUUCAACUAGACGUAAACUGAGAGAAGCUACACAUUUUGGAAUUUGUUGGAUAUGAUUUCCUGUAUUCUGGUGCAUUUUGGGGAUGGCCACUACCUACAAAAUCUUCCAGAUUCAUCACCUAUGUAUGGUAUGGUGAUUGAACCACCAUACAUUCAUUUCAUGUUUUCCAUGCUCAAACAGCCACAUGAUUGGUUAGUAUUUUGAUCAGUGCAAAGGGCUCACAUACAUCAUCAUUCAAUGACGUCUCAAAACUGAAAAACCCAACAUUGUGGCCCAACAUUAAGUGCAACAACUCAAUGAACUCAAACCCAACAAGCAUGAUAUUCACUUCAGGGCAGUUGUAGUAGUUGUAGUGGCGACUUAAGUGGAUAUCUUUCAUGACUGAUAUCGCUUCUAAGCAAACUAGACACAUGGGUUUGCCUUUGAAUUCUAUGAACAGAUACUCUGCUUUUCUUCUUUCUUAACCAAGUUUUCUGUAACUCGAUUCUUUUUUCUUUUUUUUUUU